AGACUACUACAUUCCCUCCACCUAAACAUUUAAUAAAUCAUUUCAAAAUCCCAUUCUAAAACCGGAGCAGCUCACGUCAAUCCAUCAAAACACCGAACUUCUCCUCUCUCUCUCUCUCUCUCUCUCUCUCUCUCCAAAGGGAGAUGACAUGAAGCCAUCGCAUAAAUCUGAUCCAAUUCUUAAACCCUAAUCGAAUAUACCAUAACAAUUCUCAUCUUUGCUUCUUUCAUCUAUCUAAUCUUUCGCGAUCGCUUCCUUUCUUUUCGUGUUCUACUCGUUCAGCGCACUAUAUGCUUCCUACCAAGAGAGCUGGUGGAGGAGAGCUUGUAAUAGAGGAAGACGGACCGAUUCGCACCGCCACUGAAUCUCUAACUAAGAAACCCUGUUUAGAUUGUGUCGCCUCGGACGCGGCUGCUGCUGCAUCACCUGCAACCACGGGGAACGCUAAAAGUACCGGCAACAGCACCAUCUCCAUUAUCGCCGAUAAUAAUCACGGUAGCGGCGAACUUGAAUCCCCGAUCAUGACCCUCCGGAACGGGAACUCGCAGGAUAUUGAUGAGGAUCUUCACAGCCGUCAGCUUGCCGUCUAUGGCCGCGAGACCAUGCGGCGGCUCUUUGCGUCCAAUAUCCUUGUAUCGGGGAUGCAAGGCCUUGGCGCCGAAAUUGCGAAGAACUUAAUUCUUGCUGGGGUCAAGUCUGUGACCUUGCACGAUGAGGGAGUCGUAGAGUUAUGGGACUUGUCCGGCAAUUUUGUUUUUACAGAGGAAGAUGUGGGAAAGAAUCGGGCCCUUGCUUCUGUCCAAAAGUUGCAAGAAUUGAAUAACUCUGUAGUGAUUUCCACCUUAACUACUGAAUUGACGAAGGAACGAUUAUCUGAUUUUCAGGCUGUCGUAUUCACUGACUUGAGCUUAGAGAAGGCAGUUGAAUUUGAUGAGUACUGCCACAAUCAUCAGCCUCCUAUUGCUUUUAUAAAAUCUGAAGUUCGGGGCCUUUUUGGUAGUGUGUUUUGUGACUUUGGCCCUGAAUUUAUGGUACUGGAUGUUGAUGGUGAGGACCCACAUACAGGCAUAAUUGCCUCCAUUAGCAACGAUGAUCCGGCACUUGUGGCUUGUGUGGAUGACGAGAGGCUUGAGUUUCAGGAUGGUGAUUUGGUUGUGUUCUCUGAAGUUCAAGGGAUGACAGAACUGAAUGAUGGAAAACCAAGAAAGGUUACAAAUGCUAGACCCUACUCGUUCCAAAUUGAGGAAGACACAACAAAGUAUGGUUCAUAUGUGAAAGGUGGUAUUGUGACACAAGUGAAGCAACCUAAGGUGUUGAAUUUUAAGCCAUUGCGGGAUGCACUGAAGGAUCCGGGAGAUUUCCUUCUUAGUGAUUUCUCUAAAUUUGAUCGCCCACCUCUCUUACACUUGGCAUUUCAGGCAUUGGAUAAGUUUAUUUCAGAAUUGGGACGUUUUCCAGUUGCUGGCUCAGAGGAGGAUGCUCAAAAAUUGAUAUCUUUUGUGGCCAGCAUCAAUGAUAGCUUGCCAGAUGGGAGGCUUGAAGAAAUAAAUGAAGAAAUUCUUCGCCUUUUUGCAUUCGGUGCUAGGGCCGUCCUUAAUCCCAUGGCUGCAAUGUUUGGUGGUAUAGUUGGGCAGGAAGUUGUGAAGGCCUGCUCUGGGAAGUUCCAUCCUCUUUUUCAGUUUUUCUACUUUGACUCGGUGGAGUCCCUUCCCACAGAAUCUUUGGAUCCCAGUGACUUGAAGCCCUUGAAUAGCCGUUAUGACGCACAAAUUUCGGUCUUUGGGUCUAAGCUUCAGAAAAAACUAGGAGAUGCUAACGUUUUUAUGGUAGGAUCUGGCGCACUUGGGUGUGAGUUCUUGAAGAAUUUGGCUUUGAUGGGGGUCUCUUGUUGUGAAAAAGGGAAGCUGAUAAUCACAGAUGAUGAUGUCAUUGAAAAGAGUAACCUCAGUAGACAGUUCCUUUUCCGGGACUGGAACAUUGGACAGGCUAAAUCAAUGGUAGCUGCAUCUGCUGCUACUUUGAUUAAUCCUCAUCUCAACAUUGAAGCACUGCAGAACCGUGCUAGUCCUGAGACUGAGAGUGUUUUUAAUGAUACAUUCUGGGAGAAUCUAAGUGUUGUUAUAAAUGCUCUGGAUAAUGUGAAUGCUAGGCUUUACAUUGAUUCAAGAUGCUUAUAUUUCCAGAAGCCCCUUCUGGAGUCGGGAACCCUUGGUGCCAAGUGCAACACUCAGAUGGUCAUUCCUCACCUGACUGAAAAUUAUGGUGCUUCACGAGACCCACCUGAAAAGCAAGCACCUAUGUGCACAGUUCAUUCUUUCCCACAUAACAUAGAUCACUGCUUGACAUGGGCUCGAUCUGAGUUUGAGGGUUUGCUUGAGAAGACGCCUACUGAAGUUAAUGCCUAUCUGAGAAAUCCAAAGGAAUACACAUCUGCAAUGAAGAAUGCUGGUGAUGCUCAGGCAAAGGACAACUUGGAGCGUAUUCUCGAGUGCCUUGACAAGGAGAGGUGUAAAGAAUUCCAAGAUUGCAUAACAUGGGCUCGUCUGAAAUUCGAGGACUAUUUUGUUAACCGUGUGAAGCAAUUGACAUUCACUUUUCCUGAGGAUGCAACAACCAGUAAUGGAACACCAUUCUGGUCAGCUCCCAAGCGAUUCCCCCAACCACUGGAAUUUUCCACUGAUGAUCUCAGCCACCUUCAUUUUGUUAUGGCAGCAUCCAUCUUGCGUGCUGGAAUAUUUGGCAUUCCAGUUCCUGAUUGGGUUAAGUCUCCUAAGAAGCUGGCUGAUGCUGUUAGCAAAGUCAUGGUCCCUAAAUUUCAGCCUAAGGAAAAUGUGAAGAUUGAGACUGAUGAGAAAGCCACAAACAUUCCUCCAUCGUCUGUUGAUGAUGCUUUAGUGAUUGAUGAAUUGAUCAUUAAGUUAGAGAAUUGCCAGCAGCACUUGUUGCCUGGUUUCAAGAUGAAUCCAGUUCAGUUUGAGAAGGAUGAUGAUACAAACUAUCAUAUGGACAUGAUAGCUGGACUUGCAAACAUGAGGGCAAGGAAUUACGGCAUCCCUGAGGUUGACAAGCUCAAGGCGAAAUUCAUCGCUGGAAGGAUCAUACCAGCAAUUGCAACCUCCACUGCUUUGGCAACUGGCCUUGUUUGCUUGGAACUGUAUAAGGUUCUUGAUGGAGGACACAAACUGGAGGACUACAGAAACAGCUUUGCUAACCUGUCACUCCCUCUGUUCUCUAUGGCCGAGCCAGUUCCACCCAAGAAGAUCAAACAUCAAGAUAUGAGCUGGACAGUGUGGGAUAGAUGGAUCUUAACAGACAACCCAACAUUAAGGGAGCUUCUUGACUGGCUUAAAAACAAGGGCUUAAAUGCUUACAGCAUUUCAUAUGGCAGUUGCCUACUUUACAACAGCAUGUUCCCUAGGCAUAAAGAACGCAUGGACAAGAAGCUGGUUGAUCUGGCUAGAGAGGUAGCUAAAGCAGAAUUGCCUCCAUAUCAGCAACACUUUGAUGUGGUGGUUGCUUGUGAGGACGAUGAAGACAAUGAUAUUGAUAUUCCUCAAAUUUCCAUUCGCUUGGGGUAGGUUUCUAGCCCUUGAAAUUUAGCAUUUGAUCUUUUAGGACUGGAAAUGAGUGCUAUAAGCUUAACGGCAUUGGUUAUGAAUAAUAGUAUUCAUGAACAAAUUGUAUAUUUGGUAUCAUACUAUCAUUGCCUGUUUCAAAUAUUGAUUACAAUUACAAGCUGUCCUACUUUUGAACCUCA